AUGGUUCGUAUCACCAACCUUGUGCUCGGCGUCAUCGCCGUGGCUUCGGCCUCAACCUCAGCGCAGUAUUUUUCUCGCUACGACCUGGAGAAGCAAAAUAAGGAUGCCACAUGCGACAAUAACUGCUACUUCAGGAGCAUGUCGGGCUCCUGCGCCGAUGACCCUGCUUGCGUAUGCAACCAGAACGCCAAGCGCAAUGCACUCUGGUGCUGCUUGGCCAAGAAUUGCGACUCAAAUGUGCUGCCUGAGGCCAUCUGGCGCCACGGAAUGAACUGCGACGCCUUUGGGAUCCCCAUUCCAGAGGAGUUUGAUGUGCAGGGCGUCUGUGGAAUCCCAUGGACCUCGACGACAUCAACCAAGGCCGCCGCCACGCCCACCGCUGAGCCGAGCUCGGCCAAGGCCGGUGAGUCGUCCGCCGCUGCCAUCACCGGCAAUGGUUCCUCGGCGACGGCUGCGGUGACUACCACCACCGGUGCCUCCUCGUCGGCUGACGAGAGUGCUGCCCUCACCACCGCCGCGCCCCUGACAACAAGCCCGACGUCUUCUGGAGCGGGCGCUUCGGUUGCGAGCGACGCCGCGACGACAGCUGCUUCUCCUGCGGCUGGAGCUGGUCCUGUGCAGCCUGGCUUUGGCGUCUUGGCUGCUGCUCUAGGCAUGAUGCUCUGGUGA